AUGCUUGUGAAGGAAUAUCGAAUCCUGAUGCCGUUCGAGGUGGACGACUUCCAGCGCGGCCACCUGUACAACACCGCCGAGGCGAGCAAGGCCGAGACGGGCGGCGGAGAGGGGGUUGAGGUAGUCGUCCAGCGCGAGUUCGGCACCGACGAGGCGGUGUGCCCGGGCCGCGAGCUCGAGGGCAUCUACACCCACAAGAUCUACCGCGUCAGGAGCAAGGUGCCGUGGUUGGUGCAGAAGAUGUUGCCCGAGGCCGCGUUCGAGCUGCACGAAGAGUCGUGGAACGCAUACCCCUACUUCAAGACGGUCAUUACGAACCCCGGCUACAUGAAGAAGAGCUUCCGGCUGGAGAUCGAGUCGAUGCACCUCCAGGACGCCGGCGACACGAACAAUGCCCUCAAUACCAAGCACAAGAAGCGCGAGGUGAUCGAGCUGAACAUCUACGAUGACCAGCACCUCAAGGCGUCGGAGAUCAACGAGAAGAACGACCCCCGGCAGGUGCGCAGCGAGAAGAUGGAGAUCGGGCCGUUGGAGGAGGACUGGAUGGAUGCUGAGGGGGUGUCGGUGAUGUGCGCCUACAAGCUCGUCUCCGUGACGUUCAACUGGCGCGGCUUGGGCGGGCGGAUCGAGCGCCUCUUCCACAAGCAUUACCCCAGCAUCUUCACCAAGUUCCAUCGCGACGUCUACUGCAAGGCGGACGAGUGGUGGGACAAGUCGCUGGAGAGCAUCCGCGAGCACGAGGAGAAGACCAAGCAGGAUCUCAAGAAGAUGCUCAAGACGGGCGAGAAGCGCGGCACGAGGACGUCGGACAGGGAGGAGAAGAAA